UUUCCUCUCCCUCUCUCUCUCUCUCUCUCUCUCUCUCUCUCUCAAUUGAAUAAUUAUGCAUAUGCACACACAUCUAGACAAAGAAACCCCCCUGCUUUAUCUUUCCCUCCCUUUGUAAAGUGCAACACAUCCUUUGCCAUAACCCCUCCUCUGUCUUACAAGAAAAGCAAAGAGUGGAAUAUCUUUAAGGGAGUUCCCAUCAGUAAGUGAGUGUUUUUGAACACUGCAACUUUGUCAGGUGAAAUGGAUAUCACCUCACUUGUGUUAGAAAUUUCUUCGUCAGUGGAUCUUUCAAGAUUUAAGAAUUUCAUGACAGUGAGUAAGGGUAAGAGUAAGCAUAACACUAAUGAUGCAUACAGAUCCGGAAAUGAAAUCUUGUGGGAUUUCAUCAAGAAGUUUGACAAGCUGUGUGUUAAGGCAGAUGCAAUGACGGGAAAGGAAAAACAACUCAAGUUGGAAAUGAAUAGUUCAAGUGAUAUAAAACUGUUAACAGAUUCAAAGGCUUCAGAUUCAAAGAAAAUUGUGAAGCCAGUGAGUUGUUCAGGAGGAAAGGUUUGCAAUAAUAGUUCUUGCAAGGGGAAGGGAAUCUUGCAGGCUGGUGUUGUUGAACACCUUAAUGGCCGACUGAAAAUCCUUGAAGAAGAAACUAAGACUAUGAAACAAGAUAUCUUGGAGGCUCUGGAAGAAAGGAGAGAGCUGGUGAAUGAUAUAUAUGAGCAGUUUCAGAUUAUACAUAGUCACCUUCGCAUACGAAAUCAAGUGAUGGAAGAGUCUAGUUAUGAUGAUACUUUGAUUGCAAAUUCUCCAAAGGAUGGAAGAAUAAUUGGGACUGGUAUAACAGAAAUUUUUCUUCAAGAACCAAGUAUGUCUCUUGUCACCAGAGAUCUUAGAGCUGGCACUUUAGAAUUCCAAGAAUCUGCUUAAGUAGUGCAUGGACUCUCAAUGAGAUGAUUUUUUUUUUAUCUGAAAUUUUAUGAAAGUUGUGCAACCACCUGUUUUAGUUUGUGUUUUUUUGGUGUGUUAAAAAAAAAAAAAAAAUAUAUAUAUAUAUAUAUACACACACAUACAUAUAUAUACAGUCUUUGGAGUCCACUAUAAAUUUUACUAUGUUUAUCAACUGUUUCUCAUAUAAUAAUAUGAGUUUUUGGCUGAAUAUUGGUAAAAAUUGAGUUUAUUUGUGAUA